AUGCCGCGUCUCCUCCUCGUGACUCUGGCCGCGCUGCCGCUGCUUGCUGCAGCGCUAUCCCCGCCGCGUGACCGAGGUCCUCUGUUCGAAGGGUCAACGGUAGUGAGCUCGCUGGACGUAGAGGGCUACGAGGCCAUGCUGAACGACUCGGCCUCGGUCUGGCUCGUGGACUACUACUCGUCGUGGUGCUCGCACUGCCGCAUGUUCGGCCCGGAGUGGGAGAAGGUAGGCGCGUUCUACGCACAGUCCGAGCUGCUGCAGGUGGGGGCGGUAGAUUGCAACCGGCACAAGGAGAUCUGCACGCGGGAGGAGGUGCACGCCUACCCUACAGUCAAAGCCCACCAUGUUCCACUCAAGUCGAAUGAGAAGGUGAGCAUGGAGGCGAGAGGACGGAAGACGCUCACGUCGGUGGUCACGUGGGUGGAGGACGUGCUGAAAGAGCACAGUAUCGAGUCUGGGGUGGACGUGUCGACUAUCGCUGAAGGGAACAACAAUCUGCGACGGAAUGACGGGGAAGAGGCUGAGACCGCAGCGUCGAAAGAGAUUAAGGACGAUACGUACGCCCAGAUGAAGUAUAACCGCCUACUGGAUGCCGGUAAGGCUGUGAUGCUCGCUCUGGAGGAGAGCUUCUUCAUUGUUACGCCGGUGCUGCAAGGCGAGAGGUACGAGGCUGCGCUAAGGUGGGAGAACCGCGCAGCUAUGGGGAAGCUGGUGGAUUUGAUGAAGCAGCAGAAGAGUUGGUCCAUGGAUGAGUGGAGAGAGCUCCUUAAACGAUGGAGACCUGUUGCGAGGGAAACGAGCUUCCCUACUGACCUGUUUGACCCCCGAGGAGACGACGACUUGGGCUGGGAGGUCUGCAAAACUUACACUUGUGGGCUGUGGACGCUGUUUCAUAGCAUGACUACGAGGGAGUUUAAGGCGGAGGAGGCGUGGAAACCGAGUGAGACCAUGGCGGCGAUUCGACUGUACAUGAAAAACUUUUUCGGCUGCAAGGACUGCCGCGAUCACUUCAUGGAGGCGAAUCCCGAGAGUUUAGUGGCCGAAUUGGCCGCCAGCGACGCGCACGGACCACAUGCGGUUGUGGUGUGGGCCUGGAAGAUGCACAACUCGGUCAACAAGAGACUCCACGUCGAUCAAUGGCCCUCAGUGUCGAGCUGCUCCAGCUGCUACAUUGACAUCGGUGGGCCUGUGUCAAUUGGCAUGUCGUUGAUCAACGAAGAUGGAAUGGUGAACUACCUGACGAGCGUCUACGGACAUGAAGAUAAGACUCUCUUCAAUGAGUUUACCGAGGCAGCCACGUACCCGUUCGCUGCUCAAAGCUUCAACGCUAUAACAGCAGCAGCGCUGGUCUUGGCACUUGUGGUCGUUGUACUGAAGACACAGAAGCACCGCUUUGCCGUCUCCAAAGACAACGAUCACACGGCGUAA